UUAAGGGCGACAAAAGCAACAUAGAAAAUGGCGGAAAGGUUUUCUCGUUUUCAUGAGAACCGUGAUUACCAAGGCAAGAACAUAGAUAGUUAUGAUGAUGGAUUACUUGAACUGGAACAGUCAUCCAUGUCUCAACCUAUUUCAGAGGAUAAUCUGGGGUACCGACUACUGCAGAAACAUGGGUGGAAGACAGGACAAGGCUUAGGAAGAGCUCUACAAGGACGUUUGGAUCCACUACCCAUAAUAGUGAAAGAAGACAUCAUGGGGUUUGGCCGGUGGGAAAUGGAG